AUGGCCACAACCAGCACCAUAGUGAUGCCCGGCGAGCGGAUAGAGGCCAUCGAGGAGCUGGCCAAGAGCAAGCGCGUGAUUCUGGGCCCAGGACUGCGCCGACAGGACGAAACGGUGGUGGCCAGCAAGGCGGGACCGCUGCGCCACAAGGAACCGAGCACUUUUUGGGUGGACAACUACCAGAGGCGAUAUAUCCCGGCACGCGGCGACCUGGUCCUGGGAAUAGUUCGCUCCAAGGCGGGUGAUCUAUAUCGCGUGGACAUCGGAGCAGCGGACACGGCCUCCAUUUCGUACCUGGCCUUUGAGUCGGCCACCAAGAAGAACCGACCGGAUUUGAAUCCCGGAGAUCUGAUCUACGCCAGAGUUUUGAACGCCAGCGCGGACAUAGAACCCGAAUUGGUCUGCGUCAAUUCGGUGGGCAAACGCGGCAAGCUGGGCGUCCUCGCCGAGGGAUUCUUCUUCAAGUGCAGCCUGAAUUUGGGUAGGAUGCUGCUCAGGGAAAACUGCCCCGUUCUGGCCGCUUUAACACGGGAAUUGCCCUACGAGAUCGCUGUGGGUGUGAAUGGAAGGAUCUGGCUGAAGGCCCAUUCCCUGAGGGAAACCAUCGCACUGGCCAAUGCCAUUGUGGCCCUGGAGCAGUCGGGCUGUGCGGAGAUCGACAAGAUAUGCGACAAUCUGGGCGACUUCCUGCAGGCCUAGAAUUUAGUUCUUAGUUUACUUACAUUUUAUAUUAAAAGAGAAAAGUAUAGCCAAAA